GUGGCCGCUCGCACGCCGAUAAGGUCCGCUUUCCCAGGAAGCGGCGUCCUCUCCGAACGCUGCACCGAUCCUGCAGGCGGGUUCUUGCUUCCUUAGCCGGCCCUACCUAUCCCGCAGCUGCCGGGGCUUGCAAAGCGCCUCCUUUGCAAGGAAGGUGCGGAAUUGACAAGGCUGCGGGGAACUGCCGAGCCAAGCUUGGCUGAUCUCAAGGCUCCACAUCUGGAGAGGCGUCCUUCUUGCAAACCCCUCCCCCCAAGAUUCCAGCUACUCAUUUGACCCCUUUCCCCCUUUUAGGGGGGGUCCACGGGACGCUCACCUCUGCAAGGAGAGCCCCUUCUGGGUUAAAGAUUCAGUUCUGCACAAGCGCCCUCCUGAGGAUCUCUUUAUGGGUGAGCAUCAGUGGCCCCGCAGUCAUCAAGUGUCUGGACUGAUGAAUGUAAAUUUUAAACAAAUUGAAUAAUGAAAGAAAGUUCUUCCCAGUGUGUUUGCAUUACUGGAUUCUACUUAUUUUCACCUUACCUUGAAAACUGAACAUACUUUCCAUAGAAGCUAACCAUUCAAAGGAGAAAUACGUCGGUUCUCCAAGAUGGCAGGAGGUGGCUCUCCUUACCAUUCUGCUCCAAUGAGUAAAAGUGGCUUUGUAGAUUCGGAAGAGCCUUUGGAUUUGUUUGGACAAGCAGCAAGAACCAAGCAGAACAUUCUGGAAGAAGCAGCCACACAUUGUAUUGCCCAGUGUUGCCCUUUUAGGGAACUCUGUUGCCAGGAAACCGAGGGACUCCAAGUCAUAUGCAGCCAACUCCAUCAUCUUUAUGAUCAGUGGUGGAAACGAGAGGGCCGCAUGAAAGCUCAGGUGGUAAUCCUGCAGCUCUACGCCCCACCCGCUGAGGUGGAGAGCUGUGUCUGGAUGUAUGGAGCAGGGACCAGGUCCCAGGAAGUGACCUCGGCCAAAGGUUUCCUCCUGAGCCGUGUGGAGCAGAAAAUUCAGCAAAAGCAGCAGGUUCACGGGCAUUUCAUGGAGGUGGCCACCCAUGGUUCUAAAGCAUCAGGAAAUGCGUCACAUCUCCCUCAACAAAUUGUCUUUGGGGGGAUCCCCAAGGAGGACCUAUCUGAGAAGUCAACAUCAGAAAAUGGAACAAUGGUGAUCAUACCAGUGGAAAGGUCUUCUCUUUGUGGUGGAGUAGAAACAGCGGCUGCACUUCUGACUCAGAUCCCUGUCUCUUUUGAAGAUGUAACUGUGUUUUUCUCUGAGGAGGAGUGGGCUCUGCUGGAUUUUGACCAAAAAUCCCUGUACAGAGAGGUCAUGCUGGAAAAUGUUAAGAAUGUGGAGUCCAUAGAUGACAGGGAAGAGCCUGAAAAUGAUAAAGAACCAGGUAUGAAUUCACCGGAGACUACAAAAGGGAUAUUUCAAAAUCGGAGGAAACCAAAUGCAACUGAAGAAAACUGGUUGAAUAACAGGAAGGAAAAAUCAUCUAUUUUUCAGUAUGGAGAAAAUUGCAACUUCAAUAUCCAACCUCGCAAAAAAAGAAGAAGCUGUUUGAAGGGUGGGAAAACAUUCAGCCAUAAAUCAGUCAUCACUGAAUGUGGCAGAAUCCACUCUAAAGAGGAGCAGGUUGAAUGCAGGGAACAUGGAAAAAAAUAUUUGAAUCUCUGUCUUUCUUUAUCUCAAAGCAUUGAGACACCCAAAUCACAUAAAUAUUCAGACAAUGGGAAAAGCUUUAGUGACAGCACUACUUUUAAGACCCAUAAAACAACCCAUAGAGUGAAGAAGUCUUAUAAAUGUACAGAAUGCAGAAAGAGUUUCUGUACAAGCAGUGACCUUACUAUGCACAAAAAGUCCCACGCAGGAAAGAAAUAUAAACGGAUGGAAUGUGGAAGGAGGUCCAAUAUGAGUAUUGAUUUUACUUCUCAUAAAAGGCUCCACAAAGGGGAGAAACCGUACAGAUGUGCAGACUGUGGAAAGAGCUUCACCACCAGUGGUUCCCUCGCUGCCCAUAAAAGGAUCCACACGGGGGAGAAACCAUAUAAGUGCAUGCAAUGCGGGAAGAGUUUCAGCCAAAGUACUUCCCUUACUUCCCAUGAAAGGAUCCAUACCGGGAUGAAACCGUAUCAGUGCAUGGAUUGUGGGAAAAAGUUCAGUCAAAGCAGUGACCUCAUUUCCCAUAAAAGGAUCCAUACAGGGGAAAAACCGUUUAGAUGUCUGGAGUGUGGAAAAAGCUUUACCAUGAGACGUGGUCUUACUUCCCAUGAAAGGAUCCACACGGGAGAGAAACCGUACCAAUGCACAGAUUGUGGAAAGUGCUUUAUAAGUAGGAGUGAUCUUACGUCCCAUAAAAGGAUCCACACGGGCGAGAAGCCGUAUCAAUGCAUGGAGUGCGGAAAAAGCUUCAGUUGGAGCAAUAACCUUACUAGUCAUCAAAGGAUCCACACGGGUGAAAAACCGUAUAAGUGCAUGGAGUGUGGGAAGAGUUUCAGUCAGAGCACUUCCCUUACUUCCCAUGAAAGGAUCCAUACAGGGAUGAAACCGUAUCAGUGCAUGGAGUGUGGAAAGCGCUUCAGUACAAGCAGUGAACUCAUUUCCCAUAAAAGGAUCCACACGGGGGAGAAACCAUAUAAAUGCACAGCGUGUGGGAAGAGCUUCCGCAAGAGUACCGAUCUUAUUUCGCAUGAAAGGAUCCACACAGGAGAGAAGCCGUAUAGAUGUACAGAGUGUGGGAAGUGCUUCAGCCAACACAGAAACCUGUCCUGCCAUAAAAGGAUCCACACAGGGGAGAAGCCGUACAAAUGCACAGACUGUGGAAAGAGCUUCACCACCAGUGGUUCCCUCACUGCCCAUAAAAGGAUCCACACAGGGGAGAAACCAUAUAAGUGUACGGAAUGUGGGAAGAGUUUCAGCCAAAGUGCUUCCCUUAGUUCCCAUGAAAGGAUCCACACUGGGAUGAAACCGUAUCAAUGCCUGGAUUGUGGAAAGAAAUUCAGUAAAAGCAGCCACCUUAGUUCUCAUAAAAAGAUCCACUCGGGGGAGAAGCUGUAUAAAUGCACAGAUUGUGAAAAGAGCUUUUAUACAAGCAGUUCCCUGAUAUCGCACAAGAGGAUCCACUCUGGCGAGAAGCCAUAUCAUUGCACGGACUGUGGAAAGAGUUUCAAUACAAGCAGUUCCCUCAGUUCACAUAGGAGGAUCCACACAGGAGAGAAACCAUAUGAGUGCCAGGAGUGUGGGAAGAGUUUCAGUCACAACACUUCCCUCUCUUUUCAUAAGAGGAUCCACACAAAGAAGAAUUUGCCUUCUUCUUCCUAGUGUAUUCCUGCAGGAUCCACUUUUCAGAUGAUUGAAUGCCACUUUGCACAGUCAACUGCAUCUCCACGCCGCAGCUUAAGUAUCUUUGUUGAUGGUGUCUUGCCAUCUCUGUUUUGGACGCCAGCCAUUGACUUCUGGUUGGUAGGCUGUUGUGUCCUCCUCGGCUCCGUCCGAACGAUGGCUUAAUUAGCCGCUCUUAUCAGCUCUGGCAGCAAAAGAAUCAGUGUCUGCCAAGAGCCCUCGAUAGCUGCCAAGACACUGGUGAGUCACAACCUUCAGCUCUAGUCAAUCUGUGGAUUUGCCUGAUACAAAGAGACACACCAGCUCUUGCUGCCUUUUAUAUCCUGUGGGGUGUGGCUCCAUGACUCAGCACUUCUUAGUCCAGCUCCUCCCCUGCUUCUGUUGUUCCCUCCUCUCCUGCCUACGAAACCUAGAGUCCAACCAAGCCUGAUUGCCAUCAGCUGGGUCUGGAGGAGUGGCCUGGGGGGGAAAGAGUCAGGGGAAGGAGGCCUCGUUAUCUCUUCCACCUGGCCUGCCUCUGGUUCCUGGAGCUGUGCCAGGGAAGCCGGUGCUUCCGAGUUAAGUCCUGACGGCCCUUCCCCCCUCACUGUCCGAGUCACUUUCUGGCAGCAGGCCCGGCUCCGAAUCACUUUCUGGCAGCAGGCCCGGCUCCAAGGCACUUUCGGGCAUGGGGCCAGGUUCGGGGGUGGGAACCACAACAUAGGCAGUCUUGCCAACGGUGGAAGGUGCUGCUCUUCGGAUGUGUCUAUAGCAGCGGAGCUGGCCAUCUCUCAUCUUCUCUAAAAUUGGUGCCAUCCCUGCCUGCAUAUAAUAAGUGAGGAACUUCUUUCAGAGUUGUGAAGUUUUGAUAAAAGAAGUUACAUGGAAGAAAGUACAUACCUGCGAUAUGGAAAAGAACUUAAGUGAUUCCAUUUCUGAGCAGUAUACCAACAUUAAAAGGGAAUGGAUUAUUUAAUUAGAGGAAAAUGAGUUAAAGUGAAAGAAGGCGAAGAAAAGAAAUAGAAUGGAUGGGCCAGAUUAAAAAGAUGAGAGGAAAGUUACUACAAGAGGAAGGCCAAGAUCUUGUCUAUGUUUGUAGGUUCAGUAUAAAUCAACUAUAUUCAGUCAAAUCCCCAGUGAGAUAUUGAGGAUAACUAAAUUUUUAUUAAAUAAUUUGACAAUCUUAUGUCCUGCUGGGACAUCAUUUCAGAGCCGUGGUAGCGAAGUGGUUAGAACGCGGCUUAAUUUUGCCAACUGCCAGCAAUUCGAUCCUGAUAAGCUUACUGAUGACUCAGCUUUUCAUUCUUCUGAGGUCAGAAAAUUGAGGACCCAGAUUGUUGGGGGCAAUACACUGACUCUGUAAACUGCUUAGAGAAGGCUGUAAAGCACCGUGAAGUGGUAUAUAAGUCUAAGUGCUAUUGCUAUUUCCUUACCUAAACAGAGGAACGGAAUGACCAGUGAUGAGCAAAAAAGCUGCGGGAACAGGAGUGAACUCCAACUUCCUGCUGGCCUCUCCAUUGAAUUUCCUUCUGGGGAACUGGCAGGGAGCAUUGGAAAUCUCCCCUUUCCCUUCUCUUCCCAACGGGCAGGUAAGUGCUUGCUCCUGAGUAGGGGAGAGUGCAAGGGAUUGCGAGAGUAGGUGGGGAAACUCUCACAGAAACUAUCUCAGCAAUACACCAGCAGUCAGCAGCAAUGAAGCAAUCAUAAUUUCUCCAAAUUUCAUUCCCUGGGUCCCAGAAUGGACACAUUCUGUAAGUUAGCCCUUAAGCCACCCAGCGUAACCUUGAGGUCAGAUGGGCAGCCUAUAAAUUUAUAAAUAAAUACAUUUGAAAUGUAUUGGUUCAACUGGGUAGCCCUGUUCACCCAGUUAAUAGUUACGAUGAGAUUUUUAGUAGUAUAUAGAUUAUUCAAAACCCUUCUUUUCCUUCUUAAUUAUUAUCUGUGAGUUGAGUUGGGGAUGCUGACUUACAGUGUAUUUGGGAGCAGACAUCUAUAUUGAAUAUGACUGGGCUAGAGGUAUAAAUGACUGUAGACAUAGCUGUGAAUAAGCAUUAGCCAGCCCUUAAUUCUGAUUCCAACUCUGGGUUUGGAGGAUUGUGGUUUAUCCUUGCUUGCCUGUAAAAAUUUUGACUGGGGGCCUUUUCUCCCUUCCUCAAUUCACUCUUCUUCUGAGACAUAAACCUUUGGUUCUAAACUUGCAUUUUUUCCCUCUCUAUUUUCAGCAAUCUUCCCCAAUCUUUCGUGUCUUUGUUGUUUCUCUUGAAGAUGGAAAGGGCAUGUUUGGGUGUAAAAUACAACGGUGCAUGUAAAUAGGAAUUAAUUUGCUUCCUUAUUUUCAUGACAUUUAUAUUAAAUUUUAUUUACAUUUUUUUUUUGCUCUGGGUCUAUUUUAUUUGGAGUAUGGCUUUUGACAAUGCUGCAUAUGCAUAGAUACAGAUUUGCACACAUUGAUGUGUAAUACAUGCCCACAUCAAAUUUAUGGACCAAUUCCUUUCCUGAAAAUAUAGCAGUCCAUAGUUUGGAUAUGAAAGAGACACUACUUCAAUCAACUACUUAAUAUUCAGAAAUCCCUGGAAGGAAAUGCAAUGACUAUGUAUUUUCUGAUAGGCCUUGAGCUGGCCAAAUCUGUAAAUGGUAUUCAAGAUGAUUCAAGCGUCUUAUAGUCUGAAAAAUACUGUAAAUAGUGCCUCUUUCUAAUCACAUUCUGUAUGCUUUAUUGUGUACUGGCUGAAAGCUAUGCAAUUGAAGACUUUAAAAAAAAAAAAAACUUUGUAUCUUGUUGCAAGAAUACAAACCUGUUGAUCUGAGAAUUGGGUGCUUAAUCUGGUUCCUGAACACCGGCUUUUUGGCUAGAAAUAAACAUUAUAUCCGUC